GAGAAAGUUUCUUGCGUCGGGAAUCAAUGAAAAACGCUUGAAAUGUUGUUUUAAUAAAAAGUGUUAAUAAUAUUAUCCAAAAUGUUACGAAGACUUGCUUGCAGCUUUGUGCAGAGCCACACGAGACGGUUAAUCGUGCCGGCAGCUCACAUGUCGCAGUAUGGCCCUCACUUCAUCGAACCCGUCGUUGAUAAGAAACAAAUAGAUGCCUUGAAGGAGUCCGGCGAUCUGGCGAAAUUGGCCCACGUCCCGAUCAAGGCGGCACUGAGUAGCCAAAACACGUCCGUAUUCUACGAUCCGCUCGUCAGCCAGUUCACGAAUUAUGUAAUGAAGCAGGGCAACAAAGAGCUAUCCCGUGGACUGGUCGAAAAGGGAUUCGAAAAUAUUAAGCGAUUGCAGCUGGAACGUUACCACCUGGCCGAGAGCGAAGAGGAGCGAGCCAAAAUUGAACUAAACCCGAGAAAGCUGCUACAUCAGGCAGUGGAGAAUUGCCGCCCUUUGCUACAACUAACGCCGAUCAAGCGUGGCGGUGUUCGGUACCAAGUGCCGGUGCCAGUAACGGAGAAACGUUCCUACUUUCUCGCUAUGAAAUGGCUACUGGAGGCAGUUCGUGAGAAGGAACGGACAGUACACUUUCCGGAGAAAAUGGCCUGGGAGGUGCUAGACGCCGCCGCCAACCAGGGUAAAGUGGUGAAACGGAAGCAUGAGCUGCAUCGACAGUGUGAGGCGAAUCGAGCCUACGCCCACUACCGGUGGAGCUAAAUUGGGCAUCGCGUACGAUGAAGAUCCUAACC